AUGCGCUCCAUCCUUUUGCUACCUCUAGCACUAAGUCUCGCCGCAGCGGCUCAAGGCGAUCGAGAUGAGGACGGAACGCUACGUUGCAUUACAGAGAGCUCGGGUCUUGCUAUCAAUGAGAGCGUCAUAAUGGCAAGAGCGCCGAACUAUCCACGCCAACCAAUCAAUAUUGACCUCUACAUGCACUUUGUAGGACCAGACGAUAAGUCUCCUGAGGACCAGCUUCGCAAAAUUGCGGAGAAACAGCUUGAUGUGCUGAAUACCGCUUUUCGCGACUCUGAUAUUUCAUUCACGAUGCAAGAUGUCCUAUUCUGGAAUGACGCCUUCUAUGCCAGCAUACAAGAUGGCGGGGAACUUGCCUCGAUGAUCCAAAAAUACCGCAGGGGGGAUACCAAAACCCUCAACUUGUUCGUUCCAAAAUUUCCCAGCAAAAGUCUAGGAAUCGGCGGGUGCAUAUCGAUUGACGACCUCUUCAUGCUGCAAACGACCCCUUUAUCUUCUGAUGGCUGCUUCGUGGACUCGACUACUCUUCCUGGUAGCAUCAGCAAGCGCUACAAUCAGGGCAAAACAGCUGUUCACGAGGUUGGUCACUGGCUGGGGCUACUACACACUUUUGACGGUGGCUGCGACGGCGACGGUGACCACAUACGCGACACACCCGCUCAAGCCUACGCGACUUAUAGGUGUGAUAAUGAGUUCCAAGACACCUGCCCAGCAAAAGACGGCUACGAUCCAAUCCACAAUUACAUGGGGUAUUCUUACGACUCUUGUAUGACAGAAUUUACCGAAGGACAAACAUUCAUCAUGCACUAUACCUGGAACAGGUUUCGCAAGUAG